AUGGUUACCAGCUGGGAGGUGGGUGGGUCGGUGGGUGAAACUGGUGAAGGGGGCUCUGCGCAGGUGCAAAGGACAAGGCUGUAUUUCACCACCCAUUCAGGAGUGCAGUUGAGGCGCUGCCACCAAACCUCCCUGUGGAAGCGGUUCGUCGGCCGCGUUGAGGUGCCAGAAGCAAACGCGCAGAGAGAAGCCACGGGCUCCGGAAUGUCUUCCAGGCAACGAGUCUGUGCAGUUCACAUCGCCGCUGGGCUGCGGGCGGGCCUUGGCCGACUCGCCCCCACCCCGCGGCGCGGCGGCGGAGCCCUAGGAGCGCGGGGCGGAGGUCCGGGGCCCCGGGAGCGCCGCUGCCGUGGCAGCCCGCGGGCGAGCGUGUGGGAACUCCGAGUCCAGCCUGCGGGAAGCCGGCCGCCCGGGGCGCCGCCGGCGCAUGCGUGUGGCGCAGCCCAAGCCCGCGCGGCGCGGUCGCCAUCGCGGGGAGGUUUCGGUCGGGGCCGGGCUAGCGCGGGCGGCCGGUCCAGCCCCAAGGGCCCCGCCGCUGGGCGUCCUUGGCUCGGGGAGUCGGGCUCUCCGCACGGCGUCCCGCCCAGGUCAGGCCCGGCGGCGGCCGCGGCGUCAGGGGGCGGAGCCGCCCAGAGCGCCCUUUGUCUGUGGAGGCCGGACUCACUGACAUUCCAGGACGUGGCUGUGAACUUCACCAGAGAAGAGUGGAACCAGCUGUACCCUGCUCAGAAGAUCCUUUACCGAGAUGUGAUGCUGGAGAACUACAGGAAUCUGGUAGCACUCGGGCAUCAACUUUAUAAGCCAGAGGUGAUCUCUCAGUUGGAGAAAGAGGAGCAGCGGGGGAUGGAAAGAGACAGUGCAGUGGACGCUCACACAGAUGGGGAGAGUAGACGUGAAAUCAAAAAAUCGACUCCAAACCAGAACAUUUCUGAUGAAAAACAAAAUCAUGACAUGAUAAUGGAGAGACUAACAGGAGAUAGUUUCUGGUACUCCAUCUUGGGAGGACUCUGGGAUUUUGAUUACCAGUUAGAGUUUAACCAAGAAAACCAGCAGAGAUACUUAGCACAAAUAUCUUUAACCCACAAAAAGAUCACACAGGAGAGAAGCUGUGAUUGUAAUAGAUUUCGAGAAAACUAUAACAUGAAUGCAAACCUUAUUACGCAUCAGAGAAUUCCUUCCAUUAAAAUACCGCUUAAUUCUGACACACAAGGAAACAGCAUCAAACAUAAUCCAGACUUGAUUUACUAUCAGGGAAACUAUGUAAGAAAGAAUCCUUAUCAAUAUAAUGAGUGUGGAAAAAUCUUCAAUCAAGGUAUUCUUCUUACUAACCAUAUUCAUACUGAAGAGAAACCCAGUGAAUGUGAGAAGGUUUUCAGCCACAACUCCUCUCUUACUCAACCUCAGAUAGUCCUUACAGGAGAGAAGCCCUAUAAGUGUGAUGAAUGUGGGAAAAGAUUCAGCCAGAGGAUACAUCUUGUUCAACAUCAGAGAAUUCACACAGGAGAAAAACCUUUUAUAUGCAAUGAAUGUGGAAAAGCCUUCCGUCAGCAUUCAUCCUUUACUCAACAUCUGAGAAUUCAUACUGGAGAGAAGCCCUAUAAAUGUAAUCAAUGUGGUAAAGCCUUUAGCCGUAUCACAUCCCUUACUGAACAUCAUAGAUUUCAUACUGGAGAGAAACCUUAUGAAUGUAGUUUUUGUGGGAAAGCCUUCAGCCAGAGGACACAUCUUAAUCAGCAUGAGAGAACUCAUACAGGAGAGAAACCCUAUAAAUGUAAUGAAUGUGAGAAAGCCUUUAGCCAGAGUGCACACCUUAAUCAACAUAGGAAAAUCCAUACUCGGGAGAAAUUAUGUGAAUAUAAUAAAUGUGGGAAAACCUUAAGUCCCAGUCCUUCACUUACCCAGCAGCACAUAACUCAUGGUGGGGGAAUCAUAUGAAUAUAUAAAUCUGGGAAAACUUUUGGUCAGAUCUUUUCAUCCCUUUCAAUAUCAAAUUAUUUACAGAGGAGAGAAAACUUUUAAUGCAUAGAAACUAAAUAAAUUUAGGUUUUAAAUUAGUAGUGUAUUCCAAGGAGCACUUAUAAAUAGUGAAAAUAACUUAUAAGUCACAUUCCAAAUCUGAUAUAAAGUUUUUUUCAAUGACCAGAAAUCUUGUAGGCAAUAAUCUGUAAUUAUUCACCUUUAACUUUUAUGAUAUAAAGUUUUUAAAUUAUGUAAACAUUGAUUAAGGCAAUGAUGUAGUGUAACCAGUCACAUAAAUUUGAAAUAAACAUAAAGGCAAUAUUUCUCAAA